CAAAGCGUCUUCUGGUGCCUCCCCCCGCGCCCCUCUUUCCGGCCUGCGAGUCAGCGGGGAGGGCGGCUCUCCCAGCGGGCGCCCUGGGCCGGUCUAGCUCCUGCCGAAUUCUGUUCAGAGAUGGCGCGCAGCAGGUUUCUGGCUGGCCUGGCGCUGGCCGCCCUUCUCUCCCACGUGAGCCCCUUCAUGAAAUUCGUGGAGGAAUUUGAGGACAAAGUGGUUUUGAAUUGCACCGGCAUCACCUGGCUAGAGGGAACGAUGGGGAUCAAGUUACAGGACAAUCAAAGUCUGGACUUGGGAAGACGCGUCCUGGACCCGCGGGGAGUGUACCAGUGCAAUGAGACGCAGACACAAGGCACCACAUACACCCUGCAAGUGUAUUAUCGAAUGUGCCAGAACUGCGUGGAGCUGGACCCUACCACCCUGGCCGGCAUCAUCAUCACCGAUGUCAUCGCCACCCUGCUCCUUGCUUUGGGAGUCUACUGCUUUGCUGGACACGAGACUGGAAGGCUGCCCAGGGCUGCUGACACUCAAGCUCUACUGAGGAACGACCAGCUCUACCAGCCCCUCAGAGACCGGAACGAUGCUCAGUACAGUCACCUUGGUGAGAACUGGCCUCGGAGCAGGUGAACCUGAGACUGAUGGAGCACCAGCUGCCGACGGUCCCUUCUCUUCCUGCUCAGCCAAUAAAGAUGUCUUCUUGCACGCGGCAGCUCCUGCGCUUUUCAAAGGUCCCGGGCCAGGCCUCGGAGCUGUGCUGACUUGGCAGGGUGCUUGCCCUCCCUGUCCACGUGUGUUUUCUCUUCAUCGCUCUCCUUCCUUUGGCCCCCAUGGACCCGGCGAUGGGCACUCUCUCAUUACAGCUUGGCUCAGGGUGCUUCUGACCUGGUGGGCUCCUGGGGACAGGGUUUGCCCACCACGCCCCCCGCAGGCGGCCCCGUAGCACUUCCUGAGCUUUGGCUCCCUCGCCACAGCUGAGGCGGCUGCUAGUUCAGGGACCCAGCCACACACAAGUUUCCAUGACGUCAUGAGCGCAGGUGGCAGAGACAUCAAGGGCCCUGGGACUCACUUCUUGUCAAAGGACAUGCAUGUGGGAACGUCCCUCUUCUGCUGAGGGACUGGCCUUGGUGUUAUGAGCUUUGUGAAGGCACUAGGGGUGAGGAGGUCUCAGCCCAGGCCCCUCAGUACCAUGUACCUUCCUCCCCCAGAGCCUGCCCUGCGCCUACCUGCAUGCACGAUAAACUGGCAGCAGAAGCCCUUCAUCAAUUAAAACACACCAUCCCUCUCCACUCAGUUGCAAAACUGGAGCUUGAGACUGGGUGGGGGUUUAGGAUGCUUUCUUUUUUUGUUGUGGUUGUUAAUCCUCACCUAAGGAUACUUUCCCAUUGAUAUUCAGAGAGA